AUGUGCUUCCCGGCGUGGCCGCAGGUGGUGACGGCGGCGCUGGAGCAGACCGCGGGCGCGGGCGGCGAGGAGGCGGUGCGGCCCGAGGACCAGCUGGCCGUGUACGACACCACGCCCUCCACGGCGCGCCUGCACGAGGACUCGACGGCGGCGACGGUGCGGCAGCAGGGCGCGCUGCUGGCGCUGGUGCUGGGCGUGCUGGCGGCCAGCCACACCGACUCCCCGGCCGAGUUCCUCGCCGGCCUGCUCGACGUGCACCACGAGGACAGCUCGCCGCAGCUGUCGGCGACGGUGCUGGAGUUCCUGCCGCACCUGCUGUACAUCUUCUACGAGGGCGCCAGCCCGCGUGACCUGGCGCUGCGCCACGCGUGGCUGAAGCAGCUGCAGGUGCGCGCGGAGGCGUCGCAGCGCCACGUGGACCUGGGCGAGUGCCUCAACUUCGCCGUGACGGCGUCUCGCACCCUGCGCGACGCGCUGACCAAGGCCGUGGUGGCGAGCGGCGGGCUGGCGGCGGCGCCGGCGCCGGAGGGGCUGCCGUGGGACGUGCGCUGGCUGCCCGGCGGCGCGCGCCUGCUGCGCCCGGCCGCCCGCGCCGCCGCCGCUGCGCGCGCCGCCAACCGCGUGGCGCUGCUGGCGCGCUUCCUCUUCCUGGCGCGCGUUGAGGAGGCCGCGUCCAAGGUGGAGCGCCCCCGCCCGCGCCCGCGCCCGCGCUCGCGCCCGCCGCCGCGCGCCGCCAAGACACGCCAGCCCAUCACCGUCGCAGAGUACUCGGAGGCGGUCUCCGCAGGAGAAAUGCAGGAUAAUGUGACCAGUCACCCACUAAUUGUCCACUUCAAGCCUUUCCUUGAAAACUUAGAUGCAUUUACUGAAACCAUACUAAGCAGUAAAUAUGUGUCGGUUAGUACUGAAGAAUGGGCAACGUUAGAAGCUGCUUUUCAGUGGCGCUUCCGCCUAGCAGAACAAGGUGCUUUGCAGUUAAUUGGAGAACCAGGCAGCCGGCAGUUGGACAUAGUUGUAGCUAGACUCACUGUGCACACUCACUGGUUACUUAAACAAAUGCUAUCACCUCUUCAAGAACUUGCUAAACAGGACCCACAAUUGCAAAGAAGCAAAUGCAGUAAGAAGUUAGCUUCGAUUCUUGAUUCAGUAAGCAGUGUCAUUAAGUCCUGUCAAACACCAUUGCAUCAAAUUGGCAAGAAAUUGCGAAGACUUGCAGGUCAACCUCUGCCUUAUUCUUCCUCUGAACAAAGUGAACUUGCACAACGAAUCCAAAGAGUUGCUGAUUUGUUACUAAUAUGGCCAUCAUCUGAUCCUGGCCACAUGAAACUGCAAUCUGCUCGUGUGGCAUUUCUGACCACAGAUGCAGGCAAGGAGGCACGUAAAUAUUUAGUGUGUGCCAUGGAAAACAUUAGAAAGAGUGAUCAGCUGGAAUUGGUGACAGAGUGUGUAGAACGAGUUGAACGUCUUUGUGAUGAAGCCAGUCUAACUUUCCGGGAUAGCUCUGGGACAGAACAAAAACCUAAAAUCCAGGAAGACAAAAAUUUAAUUUCCACUGAGGUGCAGCUAUGGCCUGUACAAGAAUACAUUGCUCUUUGUUUAGGAAUUUCAUUCAUGAAAGAACACUUAAAUGUGAAAUUUAGAUCUCAGGAUGAAAGUUUAUCUCCAAACACAACAGCUGGUACAAUCAGAAUAGAAGGAAAUCCUAAUAUUUCUACAACAUUGUGUGCAUUUUUGGAAGAUUUGCCAAGCAUUCCAGCAGAGAUGUUGAAUAUAGUUCGGCAGUUGUUUAAUCCAAGUGAUAGUACAAAUGUGCCAGUGUGUGAGCUCAUUCGAAUUAGUCUUCUUCAUCAUACUUUGUCUCCUUCUCGAUCCUUGAGCUCCCACUGGCUUUCUUGGAACUCAGCCAUAGACACAUCUGAUAAUGAAACUGUUGAAGAAUUUAUGACAGAUUUACAAGCAUCACAGGGAUCCCUGCCUAUGCACUGCCCUUUACUGACUAAUUUGGUAACCAACCUUGUUGUUGAAAGAGAAACAGAAAGGAAUUCAGGAGAAUCAAAUUUAAUAGCACAUUCUCCUCUAGGAAGACAACAUUUAAUCACACUAAAGUUCAAUACAUUAUUAAAUUUGCUGUGGAGAAAUAUGGCAACCCUUUCAUUACCCAACUUCUGCUACAAAUUGAAUGACUCACACUGUGUAUAUUCAGUCUAUUUAAAACUGAAGGAAACUUUGAAUUGUAUUUUAUUAGAUAUGAGUAAAAAGAAUGGUAUAACAUUUUCAUCUGGAAUGAACAUUGCUGAAAAAUUUGAUAAUUUUGUAAAAUUAGAAGGAAAAAGCCUACCAGAGGUUCAAAAGCUUUCUGAAGCCCUCCACACAUUGGAGGUUGUAGGAGAAAAACUUCAGAAAUUGUUAAAAAAGAAAGAAUCUGAAUCCGAUGUAGAAAUGUUGAUAGCUGCUGGUGAAGCAUGGAUGUUAGUUGGAUGCGUUCAAAUAAUUUUACUAACCAAAUUUGGCCAUUUUGAUCCAGUGGAGAAAAGAACAUUACAGUACUUGUAUGUAAUGGAAGAGCUUAAAGAUACAUCACAGCUAUUGUAUGCUCGUGAACUACAAGCAAAAUUGGCAGGUCUCAGCCUUUCAAAUCAGAUGCCAGAUGACCUUCAUCCCUUUAUUGUAGCUUCUCAUCAAAGACUUAAGCUUCUUUCUGACUACAAGAAUGAAUUGCAUAAGAAUUUGGCCUUUCGACCAUCAGUUCAACCUUAUUUCUGCCAACUUACCAAAGAUGCAAGUCAUUACUCCAGCAGCUUAGGUUCGGCAGAAAUGAUUCUGGGACUAAAGAAAAAAUUGCAAAACAUGUGCCAACAACUGCAAGAAAGUAUCCAACAUCCUGCAUUAGCUCAAACACGUGUUCAUGAAUUGUCUGUUGCUACUGGUACCCUGCUGAAUGAGGAGCGCAUGUGGCGCAAUUCACAACAAAUGUUUUGCUCACGCCUUGAGAAAACUUAUAAAUUGCAUUUUCCUGAUUUAGUUAUCCCACUCUUGUCUGCUGCACAACAGUUAUGUCACGGCACAAGUCUUUUGGCAUCUACCAUCCAGAAAUUACUUGUUCGUCUGAAAUUUAAAUUAGUAGAGGAUAUUGUCAAGUUGGUGCAGUUUCCAGUGGCGGUUCCCAAGCAAGGUGUUCCCUUAGGAACUGUGAGCCUAUGCCUUGAUCGUGUCUUUUGCCAGCAAUUGCAGCAACUCCUUUGUGAAGAUGAGAAUGAUCAGCCUCUCAAACGAGAAACCUACCGGCUAAUGAAAUCGGGUCUUCAAGAUAUAAGAAAUAUUAUUACUGCAGAGGGAAAUGUGGAUUCCACUACUUGGUCUUUGUUAGUAGAAAUAUUAACUCGAGUAGUAAAAUUAUGGGUGAGUGAGAGUGAUGAAAGAAAACGGAAAGAAACUGAAAAACAACAGAUUUUUAUUCAGAAAGGUACUACUCAGUGUGAAACUCUCUCAGAUGAGCAAUUGGAGGCACUGGGCCUCCAAGAAUUUUUUCCCACUACCAUAGACGAUGAUUUUGGAGAUUUAACUUUAAACACUGAUUCUGCUCCAGUUCUUAAACCUGUUGUUUCUUCAGAAUAUUUAGUUUCAUCUGAAGACAUGACAUUUGUCUCACGCUUACACUUCGAGUUAAUGAAGAUGUUUACUCACACUGAGUGGAUUGCUCCACCCCCUAAUUGUGUUGUGAAACCUAAUUUUGUAUCACCACUAUUGCAAAGAUUUCAGACAUUUCAUCAGCUUCUCCCACAUGCUGCAUCAGGACUUGAUUCAUCUGUAGAUUGGAGUUUGGCACCGAGUUUAGCUCUUUUAACAUCUCUAGCUCUGAGCGCUAGUAAUGGAAAUUACUUACCAAAUGUAUCUGAAAGGCCAGUACUACAUGAGUUCAGUAAGAGUGCGUCAGUUAUCCCUGAAAGACCACCUGAUUUCUACCAUGAUUCUAACAUGGAAGAGGCACGUCAGUGUUUGCCUGUUGUCAGUGCCAUUGAGAAGCGAACUAGGGAGUUGAAAAAAGAAUGGCCUGAUCACCCAACACUGAAUCAGAUUUUAGUGGUAAUAGAUCGAGUUACUUCCUUCCCUAUUACUAGUCCACUCUCAAGAUUUCUUACUGGUCUUGAAUUCUUGUUAGAGAAACUUCAAGACUGGGAAGAAAAUGCACAUAGUAAGGUUAGCAUGGCAAACCACAUGCAACAUCUUACCAAUCAAAUUAUUUCGUGGCGUAAACUUGAAUUGCAGUGUUGGAAGGAUUGCCUUAAUACUGCUGCUUACAGAAUGGCCACUAGUGCCUCACAUUGGUGGUUCCAUAUAUUUUCUAUUGUGGAAUCUUUUGAUAAAAGUGGUAUAACAGACACCUUGAACACAGAAAAGAAUCUCAUUAAAUCACUUCAAAACUUCAUGGAAAAAUCUGUUCUGGGAGAUUUCCAUGCUCGACUUGAUAUAUUAUUUUCCUUCCAUUGCCAUGCAAUUCACCUGUCAAACUCCAGUAGGCAAAGUAACCUUGUCAAUAUUCUAUGGAAUGUUCAUCAGUAUUACAAUCAGUUUUCAGAGCAAAUCGCUCUGAAAAUUCAUGAUCUACGAGCUCCGAUUGAGAAGAAAUUACGUGAUUUUGUGAAAAUAGCACGUUGGAACGAUAUUAAUUAUUGGGCAGUUAAGAAAGCUGUUGAGAAGACACGCCGCACACUGCUCAAAUAUGUCCGUGAAUUUGAAGCUAUUUUAAAGCAACCAGUGACAUCUGUUAUCACUAAUCCUCAUCCAGGUGGUGCCUCGCUGCUCUCAGAAGCUGUAGGCCAACUAGAUCGGCGUCAGCGACGACAAAGCAUGAAAAACAGAGAACUGCCUCCAGAUUUUUAUCUAACAUCCAGCGUUUUGGGGGCAAGUGAUGUGGAUGAGGAUCAAUUAAUUAUCCCAUGUGAGACAACCCAGAGGGCUACUCCUUUGCUUAAUAGAGCAGUUACCCUUUUUUACAAGUCACGUACCCUUAUCAAAGAGGCUCUUCCAGAAAUUUUAUACCCGCAAAUGAUAAAAACUACUGAUGAAAUAAUUGGUGAAAUGAUAAACACUGUAAAUCAUCUUAAGAGCUUAGAGAUUCCUAGUGACACGUCCAACCAACGGCGGAAGUCUCUUGCCAAAAGUCACCUUCAGCUGAAAAAGAAAGCCUUAUCUGAUGGAUUUCGCACUUUGCAACAAAUUGGAAUCUCUUUUCGUAAAGGUGUGGCUGUAUGGAACGAUGAAGAAAUUGCUAAUAGUUUGUUUGAUUUUAAUGUUCCACCUCUUGAUUUGGUUGUUGGUGUCCAACAUUCUACGUUUCAGUUGUGUGGUCUUGUGAAAGCUACUUCUAAAGGAUGUCGUCCUGAUGGUGAACUAGCUACAGUGUGUGAUGGAAGUGAGACCUAUUUUUAUCGGUCAAUGGCUAGGUUGUCACUUUUGGAUACUUUCCUUAAAAAUCCUCAUCCUGAUAUUGGACCUGCACUUAUUGAAAGACUGAGAGGAUUCAGUUCCCACUUAAUGAUUUAUGCAAAGAUGCAGAAAGAAAAACUUAUUGAAUCAUUCAAUUUAUUACGUUUUCUUCGUUUCUAUAUGUCUCAAGUUGCAUCAUUGAAGAAAAGUGAUACUUUCCUACCACGACAAUCAGAGCUCCACCAAUGUUGGAGAAACUUGAACAACUUGCUAGUCAACAUAAUUCUAUGGGCUGAACAGUUCCUUAUACUGUUAAAAGCAUGCCCACAGGAAACUGAAUCUUCUUUCGUUAUAGACCUUUCUGGUCAGUCAUCAGUAGAUAAAAUAAGUAGUAUGGUUCAUGCAGACCCAUGUUGGGAGGCUCUGACUAAAAAAUUAAAGAUUAUAAUAGCCAGUGCUUCAAAAUUCAAGCUUUCACUAAAUAAAUCUGGGAUUGUCAUACCUGAAAAUGCAUUGGACAGAGAUAGAAAGAAGAAAGAAAUGGAAUUAUCUCAAGGCCCAAAGAAUUUAGUCACACCUUCUCACUAUGAAUUAAUCAUUGAAGGCUAUGGAAAAGUUUCUGAUAUCAAUGAAGAACUAAAAACCAUAAAAUCUAUGUUUGAAAAUUCUGAAGAUUGUGGUAAUAUUUUUAAUCCUAUGAUUGAAUCUCUUAAAACACUUGAAACAUUAAUUCAAAAAGAAGUUAAUGUUUUUAAAGAAAUGCAAACUCCUGAUAGUUCAUUAAAAGGAUCAAAAAGAUCAGAUAUUGAAAUUGAAAAUAAAGAACUUGAAAUAUGUGUUAAUAUUCCUAAUAACACAAAAAAAGUUUCUGAGCAUAUGGCAAUGGAAGUUGAAGAGAACAGAGAUUCAAAUCAGUUAGGUAAUGUUCAGAUUUCCCUUUCAAAUAAGCAUUUAAAUGAACAUGACAAGAAAAAAGCUGUAAAUGAAUUCUGGGUUGAAGCUGAACAUCUUUUGGAGUUCACUUUGAUAGCAAUUCAGAAAGUUUACAAAAAAUAUACAGAUGAAAAGGGUGAAGAAAAAUCAAAAGAAGAAAAGAUCCAAAAUCAGGGUGAUGCAGAUAAUACAAAAGAUGUUGAUGUAAAUAAAGCAGAAGAUUUUAUUAGUGCAAUACAAGACAAUCAUUUAAAAGAAAAAAUAUUGGAAAAUUUGUUUUCUGAUUUAUGUGAUCUUCAAAUUCCUCAGGUGAAUAAAAUGUUAAGCAAGCUUAUUCACAGGUUAGUUGGAAUAAUGGAUUUGCAAGACUGGGAAAAAGAAGCCACAGAAUGUAAAAGGGCUCUUGUGUCUUGCAUUCCUUGUAUCGAUCAGCUCUCUCUCCUGCAUCAGUUCUUUGUAACACAGCAAGCAGCUUCAUACAGAGUCACCUGUAAAAUGAUGUCUGUGAUCUUGUCAAUUUCUAUAGAUUUGGCUCAAAAGGGAUUUUGUAUACCUCCGGAAUUGAUGCCUCAAGAAGGAGAGGAAGCAGGAGAUCCAAAAGGGGGACUGGGGCUUGGAGAAGGUGAAGGCGAGAAAGAUGUGUCUGAUAAGAUUCAAUCUGAAGAUCAACUUGAAGAUGCCAGAAAACCUGGAGAAGAAAAGGAGGAUGAACAGAAGGAUUGCAAGGAAGAGGAAAAAGGUAUUGAUUCUUCACAAGAUUUUGGUGGAAAAAUUCAAGACUUAGAAAAAGAUGAAGAGAAAGAUGGGUCAGAUGACUCGGAAGAGGAAGAGGAAGCUGACAAAGAGAUGGGAGAAAUAGGAGAAGAGGCAGACAAACUCGAUCAGGAAGUUUGGGGUAGUGAUUCUGAAAAUGAAGAUGAGGCAGAAGGAGAGGAAAAAGAAGAUCAGCACGGACAAGGAGAAACAACUGGAAAUCCUGAAUUGUCAGCCAAGGACGAUAAGAGAGAAGGAAAUGAUAGCGAUGAAGAUAACAGUGAUGAGGGAGGUGAUAAAAAAGAAAAACAAAAAGAAAUUAAUGAAUUUGAUGAGCCAGAAGUAGCUGAAGAUCAAGUGGAUCCAUAUCAUGGGAAACAACCAGAAUUACCUGAACCUGAGCCUUUGGAUCUACCAGACGAUUUGCAGUUAGAUGAAGAAGAUGGGAAAGAGGAAGGAGAAGAUGGAGAAAAUCCUUUUGAUAUUGAUGCAAUGAAAGAUCGUCAGAUUCCUGAAGAUCAAGAAACACAGGAUGAAGAACCUGUUGGACCCGAUGAAGAGACUAAAGAAGAUCCAAAAGAAGAUUCAAGUGAUGACGAUGAAGAAGAAACAGGAAAUGAUGGUCAAGAAAAAAAUGAUAUUCAGGAUUCAGAAAACAAUGAUGAAGAUGAAAGUGGAGAAGGCAAUGAAGGGAAGGAAGAUAAUGAAAAGGAAGAAAAGUCGGAAGAAGAAGAAAAGAAAAAGGAGGAAAAGGCGCUUCCUUCUGAUGACAUGCCAUCUGAAUCUCCUGCACAAGCUGCUGAUAUGGAGGCAGAGUCCUGUCAAGAAUCAAAGGAUAUGGUGGCUGAGAACAAGAACGAACAGAAAGAUGACGGUAAACAAGAUUCCGAAGAACUUGGGGAAGAAGGAGGAGAUGAACAACAAGGAGUGGGACAAGCUCAGGCAGAAGAACAGAAAUCAGGUCACAGAGGUCAUAUGUCAGCUCCCAAAGACAAAUUGCCAAGCAAUGCUACCCCUCCAGAGGUAGAGGAGAGAAAGGAUAAGCGUCAACGCCCUGGAGAGAGUGAUAGUACCCGAACAUUAGGUGAUGUAUCUGAGCCAAAUAAAAAACGUCUAAAAACAAUUGAUAUCAAACCAGAAAAUGAAGAUGAUGAUGCAACAAAAGAAGGAGAAGAAGAAAAGAAUGAGGAACAGGGAGCUGAAGAAGGAAGGAAAGGAGAAAUGUACCAACAUAUCAAGGACUCAAAAGAAUCUUAUGAUACCCAAACUCUUGAUGCAGCUACCCAAGACCAAGCAGAGAAACAGCCUGUUCCCAAUAAGGAAGAGGAAUCCGCAGAAGAACCCUCACCUGAAGAUGACUUGGGCCUUCAGGACGAUGAUGUCAUGGUUGAUGAAGAUAUUAAGAAACAACACCCUGAACAAUUACCUAGUGGGAAGAAAGAUAAAAAUAAGAAUAAUAAAACACAAUCAGAUGAACAAGAAGACAAUGUAGAAAUGGCAGUGGAUGUUGAAGGAGAUGUUGUGCCAACUGAAGGACCAAGUAGAGGUGCUGAGACCACAUUCCAUACUCAGUAUAAUUUUGAAGCAGAUGGGCCACCUCAAUUAAGAGAGAUUGAUUUGCAGGAAAUACGACAAACAUUGGAAAACCAAUUGUUGUCCUGGACUCAGCCUCCAGCAGAUGCUGAAGCGGCACAAGCUUGGCAAGGGUUUGUAUCGUUGACAGCUGGAUUGUCUCGUGAGUUAAGUGAGCAAUUGCGACUGGUUCUAGAACCUACACAAGCUGCAAGACUGAGAGGUGACUAUCGCACAGGACGUCGUAUUAACAUGCGCAAGGUUAUACCUUACAUUGCAAGCCAGUUCAGAAAGGACAAAAUCUGGUUAAGGCGUACAAAGCCUUCUAAACGAGAAUACCAGAUUGUUCUAGCAAUUGAUGAUUCCUCAAGUAUGGAUGAUAAUCACACCAAAGAGUUGGCCUUUGAAUCACUUGCCCUAGUGAGUCAAGCUCUUUCAUUAUUGGAGGCUGGUGAACUGGCAGUUGUUAGCUUUGGUGAUAAACCUCAAAUAUUGCAUCAGUUAGGUGAUACUUUUACUGAACACAGUGGAGGAAGACUUUUGCAGCAGUUUUCAUUUUCACAAAACCACACAAAAUUUGCCCAGUUGAUAGAUUUUUGUACAAUGCUUCUGCAAGAGAAUCGUCAGCGUGUUUCUUCAGGAUCAGAAUGUGCACAACUUCUCAUGAUUGUAUCUGAUGGUCGAGGUGUAUUUAGUGAAGGUGAUGCUAAGGUUCGACUUGCAAUUCGACAUGCUCGUCAAAAUCGCAUAUUCAUGGUAUUUGUAGUACUUGAUAAUCCAGAUUCCAAGCAUUCCAUUCUAGACAUUAAGGCAACAGUUUUUCAAGGAGGAAAGCUUUUAGGCUUGAAGUCUUAUCUUGAUACUUUCCCGUUCCCAUUUUAUUUAAUUCUGCGAGACAUCAAUUGUCUUCCUGCUGUUUUAAGUGAUGCUUUACGACAAUGGUUUGAACUAGUAACAAAUACAGAUAUUCAGUAAUUUUUGUACUUUGGACAAUAUUUUUUGUGUCAUAAAUGUUAUAUCAUUUCACUAAUCAUGUGUAUAUAAUGAAGCAUAACAAUGUGUUGAUCUCUUUAUGUACCAUUCUGUCUUUUGUUUAAAGUUUUAUUAUUGAAAGAUGAAUCCAUGUAAAACAGAUGACUUUGAUUUUCCAUUUAAUUGUAACAAUUGACUAUCAUGUAUUUUGUAAUGUUUUGAAGUUCCAAUAUCAAUCAUUGUUUUCUGUACUUGUAAUUCUAUAAAUAAUUGUAAGAUUUGUUGGUAAAGAUCUGAUAGAUCUGUUACUUAUGUGAAUUUGUAAGUAGAAAAGGUUUUGUUGAAGUGAUCAAUCACAAAGUUCCUAAAUUUGGAUUUAUAUAUUGUAAAAAGGGGUGAGUGUUCAUUAACCUGAGUGAUUAUGUUUGUUUUCAUUGUAUUUUUUACUUUAGAAUUAACUUUUAUUGAAGCAAAACAAAUGUUUUUGUACUAAUAAAUCUGUAGAGUGUACUGCAAGUUUUCAACUUGUGUAGUAUAUUUUUUAAAAUAAACUACUUUGAAAUGA